AUGCGUCUUACUGCGGAGAUCGAUCAUGCCUCUGGACAAAAUGGCCGCUGUCUUGGGCCCAGGCUUAUGAAUCUCCUGCAAGCAGUUCAGAAAUUCGCUGCCCUUGGUGAUGUAAUUGUGGGAGGAUCACAAAACCUGAUUGCGUGCGGAAUUUGGACGAUAGUUCGAACGUCGUUGCAGCUUCUGACAACAUUCUCAUCAUAUCUUGAGAAGUUGUCCAUGUUGUUUAUGAAGGUUGGUCGUUCAGCCCCUCGCUUCGAAAGCAUGGCUCUGCUUUAUCCUCGUUCCAGGGAUUUGCAGUCAUCACUUUGCGAAUACUUUAUUGUGGUUGUUCAUCUCUGUCACGAAAUACUGCAGUUCACCCGCAAGUCAAAUCUAAAGAAGUUUGGUUCAUCAUUAUCCGAUUCGAACUUGAACAAAUAUCAGUCUGAUCUUGAAUCCUGGGGGAGUACGAUCACGGAGGAAGUUGGCCUUCUUAUGGCAGCUAGGAUUGAGGAGGAAGCCAAUAGAAACUCUAAGUUGCGAGAUGUUUCGUCUAAAUUCUUUCGGACAGCCUCAACCCAGCAAAAAGUCGUGGCUAGACAGCGAGUUCUCGACAUAUGCACCAAAUUUGACCACUUGGUGGUGUGGAAGCAGAUUCGAAAAGCUGGAAACACAAAUAUCUUUCGCCAGUGCCCACACUAUCAAAGGUGGAUAAGUAUGACAACUUCGAGCUCACUCAUUUAUACGGGCAAGCUUGGAGCUGGCAAGUCUGUAUUGCUUGCCAAUAUAGUCGAAACCUUGCAUCUGCAGGUGCAAGAUGAGGCUAUACCGGUGGCCUUCUUCUUUGCCCGACAUGAUAUUUCGGAAAGUUUAAAAGCACAAACUGUGCUUGGUUCGAUUGCGCGACAACUCCUUGAACGAGUUUCAGAUCUUACAAAGCCGGCUGAGCUACUCGAGCGCAUAAACAACAUGGAUCCCCCCGAGAAAGUCUUUGCUCUCCUCCAAUCCGCUUUCCCGCAAGGAUAUAGGGUGUUUAUCGUAAUCGAUGGAAUUGAUGAACUAGGCCAAGAAGAACGAGAAUUGUUAAUUCUACACCUUCACAAACUUCAAAGAACGUUUAGAGUUUCACUUUGCGUUUCGCUUCGGCAAGACGCAAACGACCCGCUAAAGAUCGGCUCGGAACAUCUUUCUACUGUUACGACAACUUCGAUACCCGAAAAUACAUCCGAGAUCGAAGUCUUCAUUUCACAGGAAUUACAGAGAUGUAUCGAAUCCAAGAGGCUCAUUGUUGGAGAUAUAUCCCUGCUCCUUGAAAUACAGGAGACCCUUGCCAAAUUCUCACAAGGCAUGUUUCUCUGGGUAGCUCUUCAAAUUGAGUCCCUGUGUGCUAUGAAAACCGAUGAGGCAAUUUCUCAAGCUCUCAAGGACCUCCCGAAAGGCCUUUCCGAAACAUUUGGGCGCAUCUUACAGAGAUCGCAGAGACUUGGCCAUUCCUAUCAGAAGUCGAUACUAGAGCUAGUGACUGUGGCUCAGCGUCCACUCACAUUAGAAGAAUUGCGUGAGGCAUUGAGUGUAGCUCCAGGGGACACAAAAUGGAAUCCAGCACGGCUUCUCAAUAACAUCCAUAGCGCCCUAGCAUGCUGUGGAAGCCUUGUUAUUAUCGAUGAAGAGGAGUUGACCCUACGUCUUGUCCACCACAGCGUCAAGCAAUACCUUCUUACUGAGUUCAAGGAUUCAACUGGUGGGCCAAUCACGAGUGCUGAGGCACAUGCAAGGAUGUCUGAUAUCAUCGUGACUUAUCUGAACUAUCCCGUGUUUGAUCGUCAGCUUUCAAAGUUUGUCGUCCCUGAGAUCAAAACUGACGAAACGAUGAAUGGCAUCAUUCGGUCUACUCGGUAUUCCUUGGACUCUAUUAGCAGCCUUGCGUUGAAGCUUCUUCGAUCGCAGAAUGACUCCGGUUUCAACAUGGCGAAGGUACUCGCGGAAGCGAGAGCCGCGCGCUUUCGUUCAAAAAAUCAAUUUCUCUUUCGUAAUUAUGCGAUGCUUUACUGGCAGUCUCAUAUCUCCCGGUCGUUGCCACUAGAUUCCACAAGCAGUGGGCUUCUUGGGAUGCUAUUCGAGCGGAAAGCCUUAGACCCUGUUACAAUGACGGAUGAUGAAGCAUCGCUCCUGUUCUUCCGAGCGGCAGAAACAGGCAAUUUGGCUCUCAUUGAACACGUUAUUAGCUCAAACCCAGGUUUAAAUGUGGAAAAGACGAGGAAUCGGCAGGGACAAACAGCAUUGCACGCAGCUACUUGGUAUGGAGCUGAAACCACGAUCCGGUUCUUACUUCUUCGGGAGCCUACCGGUCUACUCGCCAAAGACUUUGAUAAGAACACGCCUCUUGAUCUAGCAAUUAUAAGGGGCCAUGUAUCCCUUGUCAAGAUUUUUGUGGAUUACUGUGAUUCGAGUGUCGACACGACCUACUUGAUUAUCGAAUCCUUGCGCCGCCAUAUUUACCUCACAGGUAGUAACUUCAACUCUGAUUUGAUUGGCGAAGUACUACUUGUGGGAGCACGUAAUGGAAAUGCAGAAUUGAUUAGGAUGUUUCUCCACGACAGCCGGGUGGAUCUUGCUCUGGGGCGUUGGGUAUGGAGCGCCAUAUAUGAGGCAGUGAGGCGGGUGAAUUGGUAUGUUGUUGAAUUGUUGCUCGAAUAUCCAAAGAUACCGCGACUUUCGGAUCGUGAGGUACAAUGCGGGUGUGAUCCACUACAUCAAGCUGUAAAGGCGGGGAAUAGGACAAUUCUGGAGGCUUUGAUUGGGUCCUGGCAGUUGAAUAUUGAUUCGAUCAACCAAGACGGCAAGACGGCGCUCCAUAUUGCAACUGAGCUUGGUGACCUGGAAGUGGUGCAGCUACUAGAUUCUUUUCCUGGCGUGCCUGUUGUGCAUGCGACGGGAAUUCCGAACCGAACUCCAGCGCAGUGGGUUCCUUUGUCUAGGCAUGAGGAAGCAGGAGAGUUGAUGGGCCAAAAUGUGCUCAGUGACACAACCACCAACUCGAAGAUCGAGACUGAAGGCUCGUCUAGGUCACAGAGAGAAGCUAGGCGUGACUACAUACCGGUUCAUUAUUUCGCGGAAGAUGGCGAUACUUCCAUGGCCAGUGUUGUUCUUAAAUCUGCUCCCAGCUUGGUCCACAAACAGGAUCACGAAGGACGAACCCCACUACACUUGGCUGCAAUGAACGGCCAUUUGCAUCUUGUUAAAUUGAUACUUGCCAUUGAGAACGUGGAUCUCUCUCCUAUUGAUGAUCGGGGCUAUUCACCUAGGGACUAUGCGAUGCGACAUGGCUAUGCUACUAUAGUGAGAUUACUGUCUUGA